CGCUGUCCUUCUCUGACAAGUGACAACAAACAUGGCGAACAAACGAUUAACUGUGUUCAUAUUCGGAGGCUUCAUAACUGCGGUAGCAGCGGCUUUUUAUCCUAUAUUUUUCCAUCCUCUCAUUCACACAGAUGAUUACAAGCAAAUCCAGAAAAUUAACCGAGCUGGAAUCAAUCAAGCAGAUGUUCAGCCUCCUGGUCUGAAGAUCUGGUCAGAUCCAUUUAAACCCAAAUCGUGACUGAACGCAGACAUGAGAAGAGGUUCAUGAGCAUGUGUUUGGACAACAUGGGUUAAAGACUCUCAACGGCUCCAGCCAAACACUUCUCCUCUGUGUGUGUGUGUGUGUGUGUGUGUGAGAGUGAGUGAGUGUGAGUACAAGAAAUAUUAACCUAGGCUUGAUGGUUGGCCUUUAAGCUGAACAGGAUUGUUAGAGCAGGGGAAACAUGCUGUACAGAUUGUUGCUACUUUGAUACUUUAUCUUAUGAAUAAAAGUUUAUAAGGAUGGAUACAG